AUGCCUGUCGUACCUUCCAAUUCUAACUCUCGUGUCCUCGUCACCGGCGCCAACGGUUAUGUGGCUUCAUGGAUUGUUCGCACGCUUCUGGAGCAAGGAUACAUCGUCCGUGGCACCGUACGUUCGGCCAGCAAAGGGAAGCAACUGAAAGAAAUCUUUGCUUCUUACGGUGAUAAAUUUGAGUGGGUCGUUGUGAAUGAUAUAACAAAGGAUGGUAUCUUGGAUGAAUGUGUGAAAGAUGUGGAUGCAAUAGAGCACACCGCCUCUCCUGUCUGCCCAGAGAACCAAGAGGACCCUCAAGGCAAAUCAUCUGUGAAGCGCGUGGUCCUGACGUCUUCCGCGGCGGCUCUUCUGAGAACGUUUACUGGCUACACCGUUAUCGACGAGACUUGCUGGGGCGAUGAAUACGUCAAGAUUAUUGAGGAGAUCGGAGCGAAAGCUCCGUGGAUUAUAAAAUAUAUGGCGUCGAAGACAUUAGCGGAGCGCGCCGCCUGGGAUUUCUACGAAAAGCAUAAAGCUAGCAUUGGCUGGGAAAUGGUUGUUCUGAACCCUACUCAUCCGUCCCUUCAAGACUUUGAAAAAUUAGGAGAAGAAACACUAUCCUUGCAGAGAUGGUAUAGCUACGCGUGCCUCGAGCAGUCAGACGACAAUCUGAAAUCGACCUGGGCGUAUGUUGAUGUCCGAGACGUGGCAGCAGCACAUGUCGAGUCCAUCAAAAAGGAAGCAGCAGGCGGAGAGAGAAUCCUCCUUUCCGCUGACUCUUCUACAUGGCAGGAAACACGCAAUUUGAUGUUUUCCCUCAGACCUGACCUAUAUAGAAAGGGACUGCUUUCCCGUGGUAACCCAGAGCUUAAAUCCGAAGUUCUCCUGGUAUUUAAUUCGAAGAAAGCUAAAAAUAUAUUGGGAAUAGAGUACAGGAGCCUCCAAGAAUCCACAAUAGCGACUAUAGAGGAAUACGAGAAGAGGGGACUACUUGACCAAAUACAUCGUGUCGAGUAA